UUGUCUCUGUUCUUUCUUGGACUGAACUGAGAAUCUCCACACAGGGGCAGCGGGGCUGCACAGCUCUGGGCAGGCUGAGAGCAGCUCCAGUACUGCCCCACUGAGCAAACCUGGAGGACCAAGAAGGUCUUCCAAGGAAGGUCUUCCUGGAAACCAAGAAGGAGCAAACCUGGGAGCUGCCCUGGCCUCUGGAGAACCUGCUGCUGUCCCUGUCCCUUCAUCACCUCUCUCUCCCCAUUCCUGUUUCAGUUCAUGCAGCCCCUGGGGAGCAGGAGGAAACUCAUCUCAUCAUGGAAGAGAUGGAGGAUGGCAAGAUGAAUGAAGAGAUGACAGCCUGGGCUCACCAGGCUGAGCUGCAGGCAGAUGCUCAUUCCCUUCCCACCAUACAGGAGGAGCCUCAGGAAGAAGAGACCAGAACCUGUUUGUGCUCCCCAAACACUGCCAAGGGGGAUGAGGAAAAGGAGGAGGAGGAGAAGAAAGAGGAGGAGGAAGAGAGGAAGAAAGAGGAAGAGGAAAGGAAGAAAGAAGAAGAGGAGGAGAGGAAAAAAGAGGUAGAGGAGAUGAAGCAAGAGGAGGAGGAGAGGAAAGAAGAGGAGGUGAAGCAAGAGGAGGUGAAGCAAGAGGAGGAGGAGAAGAGGAAAGAGGAGGAGAUGAAGCAAGAGGAGGAGGACAGGAAAGAGGAGGAAGAAGAGAGGAAGAAAGAGAAAGAGAACAGGAAAAAGGAGGAAGAGGAGAGGAAGCAAGAGGAGGAGGAGUGGAAGCAAGAGGAGGAGGAGUUGAAGCAAGAGGAGGAGGAGGAGAGGAAAAAAGAGGAAGAGGAGAGGAAGAAAGAGGAAGAGAACAGGAAAAAUGAGGAAGAGGAGAGAAAGCAAGAGGAGGAGGAGUUGAAGCAAGAGGAGGAGGAAGACCGUAAAAAAGAGGAAGAGGAGAGGAAGAAAGAGAAGGAGGAGAACAGGGAAAAUGAGGAAGAGGAGAGGAAGAUAGAGGAGGUGGACAGGAAGAAAGAGGAAGAGGAGAGGAAGGAAGAAGAAGAGGAGAGGAAGAUAGAGGAAGAGGAGAGGAAGAUAGAGGAGAACAGAAAGGAAGAGGAAGAGGAGAGGAAGGAGGAGGUGAAGAAGAAAGAGGAGAAGAGGAAAAAGGAGGAGGUGAAGAAGAAAGAGGAAAAGAAGAAGAAAGAGAAGGAGAAGAAAAAAGAGAAGAAGAAAGAGGAAAAGAAGAAAGAGGAAGAUAAGAAAGAGGAGGAGCAGCAGGAGAGUGCAGAGCCCCUGCUGCAGCCUCCUUGUCCCCCUGCUGAUGAGGGUGUGGAUGAAGCCUGCCUUGCCCAGGAGGCCCCCGGGGCUGAGCAGCUGGAGGAAGUUGAGAUAAGCAAUCUGCAAGGUGCCCCUGUGCAGGUGGAAGAGGAGCCAGCUGAAGCUGCUGAAACUGAUGCUGAAGGUCAUCCCCCCACCGUGGAGAUCAAGGAUGUGGACAGCCCAGAGCGUGCUGUGGAGAUCCACGGCACCUAUGGAGAGCUGCCUGCGGCCGGCGCCCCCAACCUGCUGGCCGUGCCCGGCGCUGCAUCCCCCAGGAGAAGGCGACUGCUCCCAGAGGAUGCUCUGGACAGGGGGCUGGUGAGCCAAUCCUCCAGCCAAGGGCUGGGCUGGGACCAGGAGCACAGGGAAAGCCUGCCCGAGCGCAUCGGCUCGGCCUCGAGCCUGAGCAGUGCCAUCAUCAACACCCGGCUGCAGGAGCUGGUGAGGCUCUUCAAGGAGAGGACUGAGAAGGUGAAGGAGAAGCUCAUUGACUCUGAUGUCACCUCAGAUGAUGAGAGCCCCGUGGCAUCUCCCAGCAAGCCAGCACCUGCAGCAGCAGCAGCGCCUGCCCCAGGAGGGGAUCUGGAGGGGGACAAACCUCUGGGGGAUGACCACUACUGUGAGAUGCUGUGCUGCACCUUCAAGCGCCGGCCCUGGCUGGAGCACCUCAAGAGUUACCAGUUCCCCAGCAGCAUUGACCCCCUGACCAAUCUGAUGUACGUGCUGUGGCUGUUCUUCGUGGUCAUGGCCUGGAACUGGAACUGCUGGCUGAUCCCUGUCCGCUGGGCCUUCCCCUACCAGACCCCAGCCAACAUCCACUACUGGCUGCUGGUGGAUUACCUCUGUGACCUCAUUUACCUGCUGGACAUCCUCAUCUUCCAGACCCGGCUGCAGUUCGUGCAGGGGGGAGACAUCAUUACUGACAAAAAGGCCAUGAAAGAGAACUACCUGCGGUCACAGCGCUUCAAGAUGGAUGUGCUGUGCCUGCUGCCCCUGGAUUUCUUCUACUUCAAAGUGGGUGUGAAUCCCCUGCUGCGCUUCCCCCGGUGUCUGAAGUACAUGGCCUUCUUCGAGUUCAACAACCGCCUGGAGGCCAUCCUGACCAAGGCUUACAUCUACAGGGUGAUUCGCACCACUGCCUACCUGCUGUACAGCCUGCAUGUGAACUCCUGCCUCUACUACUGGGCAUCAGCCUACGAAGGACUGGGCUCCACCACCUGGGUCUAUGAUGGGGAAGGAAACAGCUACAUCCGCUGUUACUACUGGGCAGUGAAAACCCUCAUCACCAUCGGGGGCCUGCCAGACCCCAAGACCCUGUUUGAGAUCGUCUUCCAGCUGCUGAACUACUUCACAGGGGUCUUUGCUUUCUCUGUCAUGAUAGGGCAGAUGAGAGACGUGGUUGGUGCUGCUACUGCAGGACAAACAUACUACCGGAGCUGCAUGGACAGCACCAUUAAAUACAUGAACUUCUACAGGAUCCCCAGGGCAGUGCAGAACAGGGUGAAGACAUGGUACGAGUACACAUGGCACUCCCAAGGCAUGCUAGAUGAGUCAGAGCUGCUGGUGCAGCUGCCGGACAAGAUGAGGCUGGACAUCGCCAUCGACGUGAACUACAACAUCGUGAGCAAAGUGGCCCUUUUCCAGGGCUGUGACAGACAGAUGAUCUUUGACAUGCUGAAGCGGCUCAGAUCAGUGGUGUACCUGCCCAACGACUACGUGUGCAAGAAGGGGGAGAUAGGCCGGGAGAUGUACAUCAUCCAGGCGGGACAGGUGCAGGUGCUGGGGGGACCCGACGGCAAAUCCGUGCUGGUGACUCUGAAAGCUGGAUCUGUCUUUGGGGAAAUCAGCCUGCUGGCAGCAGGAGGGGGAAAUCGCCGCACAGCAAACGUCGUGGCCCACGGCUUCGCCAACCUUUUUAUUCUGGAGAAGAAAGACUUGAACGAGAUUUUGGUGCAUUACCCGGAGUCUCAGAAGCUGCUGCGCAAGAAAGCCAAGAAAAUGCUGAGGAGCAACAACAAGCCCAAAGAUGAGAAGGGAGGCCCCGGAGAUGCGCUGGUCAUCCCCCCGAAAGCGGAGACCCCAAAGCUGUUCCGGGCUGCCCUGGCGGCCACGGGGAGGAUGGGGGGCAAGGGGCCCCUGGGGCGGCUCCGCUGGAGGCUGAAGGAGCUGCAGGAGCUGCAGGCGAUGCAGGAGAUGCAGGAAGCGCAGGCGAUGCAGGCGAUGCAGGAGGCGCAGGGUUCCAGUGUCAGCCCAACCCCACCGAAGUCACCAGUGCACCAGAGAUCUCCUGUCGCAUCCCGCAGAGCACAAACCCGCCCGGGAGGAGAAAUAUCCUCAGAAUCUCCUGAUCACUCAGUCACCAUCCGUGUGAUCUCCACAGCAAGAGAGGAUGAGGAAAUCCUUGCUGCUGAGAUUUCAGAGAAAGAUGAAAAGGAAGAAGAGCAAUGAAAGAGCAGCAGGGCCCAGGGCAGGCGUAGGAGUCAGGCAAAUGCCUGGGCCAGCAGAUUCUUGUUGUUAAUGAUUUCCAUGCAGUGGCUGUAGCUUUGGCUAUGUGCUGUGGGUAGCAUCUGCCUCUCUCUUCUGCCCAGACCCUCAAUCACUGCUGAUAAAACCCUCUGCCAUUUGACCCAGAACCACGUAAGGUUUCUCCACUCUGCAGAUCUAUUGAGCACCUUUAUGAAUUCCCCACUAAAUCUCAGGUCAGCCCUCAUGCUUUGUGGAGGGAGAGCUAUGGAAAAAUUGCUUUUUAUGGCUCUGGAUGGUUAAUGAGUGUUCAGACAAAGCAUGAAGAGUUAUUCACCUCUGACAGCUGAGUCACCACUUGGCUGGAAACAACCCAGGGCAAAAAACCACAACAAGGUUUCUCUGUUGGGCUCAAGGUUGACAGCAGCAGUGGGGAGUGAUUCAUCUGAAAAGGAUGUGGGCUAUGCUCACAGGCCAAGUUUGAUUUGCUCACAAACAAAGCUGUCAUGAGAAUGCCAAGCUCUGUCCCCAGUGCACAGACUGCAAGGUGCCUGAGGGACCCUCGUGGUGCCAAGACCACCUGGGCUUUGCCAUGGGAGGAAUCCUUGCUGGGAAGGUGGUGGGCUCUCCAUGACUGGGGGCUCUUGUGGGGAGAUUGGAUGAGCAUCUUUCAAGGAUGGAGAAGCACAAUCCUGGAUGAGAUAGAUGUUCCUGGAGGUUUUGUUUCCAGCCUUGGGAUUUUUCUGUGCUGCCACUGCUGGGAGGGAUAAACAGAGAGCAGGAAGGGAGAACUGAGUUGGUUCCCAGCUGGGAGGGGAAAGAGAAGGGCAGUGAGUGCUCUCCUGUCCCAGACAGUGUUUCAGAGUCAGCUCUGAGCCUGCCAUGUGCCAACAAGUUCCCCUGCACUCCCUGCUGGGCCUCAGUGCCACCCUGUUACAGGAGCCCCCUCCAGCCAGGUCUCACAAGCUCUCAGAGGUCCAUAACACACCCAAGACAGCUCAGCUACCUUUGGAGGCAUAGAAAUCAGCAGGAUGGCUUCUGCUGCAGUGUUGGAAACAAAAAGGUUUAAUAAAAGGCAAAAUAACAAACAGAGAAAAACCAAGCCAGGUGCAGGAGAUUCUUGCCCCUGGUUAAACACCUCACAAAAGCAAUUGGUUUCUUUGUUCUCUUCUUUUUCUAGUCAAUUGCCCAGGCAGGACUUUUUGGCCCCUAUCCAGUUGGCUGUCCUUAAGUUUGGGGUGAAGUCCCCUAGGUCUAUGAGAUGUCUUUUCACCUAAUUGAGGAGAGAAACUUCUGGGCUCCUUUCCUUUUUGAGGGGACAAAGGAGAGUUCUGUCACUCCAUCAACAGGGGACACAUUCCCGUAGCAUCCCCAUUUCCAGCAGGCAAUUUCCAGCUCUUCAGCCACCUCAGACUGGCUUCAGACUGGCUUCUUCAGCCCGCUCAGACUGGCUCCUGGCCACAUUUCCCACAGAGAGAAGCCACUCUGGUGCUGCUCAUCACUCAAAUCAUGAAGGCGCUGCCCCCGCUGUGCUGGAGGGGAAGGCAAACAGCACCAGCACCAGCUGAUGGCUCAAGGUGCCCCAUCUUCCUCCAGCACCACCAGCUCCCUCCUCAUCCUCCUCAAGCCAGCCCCCAGCACAGUGAGCUGAGAGGGGCUGGGGAGCAGCGCAUGAGGCAGGGCUGGAUGAGGUUUGCAGAUCCUCCCCGAGUUUUGGCUGUCCAUUCCCACAGAGAGGAGCCACUUCCCAUCCUGUGGAGGAGCAGCUGGGGCAGGUCUGCUGCAGGGAGCAGCCCUGUCCCCGUGGCCAAGGCAGUCCCAGGGGUUCAGCAGAUGCAGGGAGCAGUGCUGCAGGUUCCACAGGUCUGGCUGUGACACAGGGAGGGGUGGCAGGGCUGCUGUCACCCCCUGGGUCAUCCCUCUUCCCAUCCAGGCUGACCUUCACCUCCUCUGGGAUAUCCUUUUGUUGCUUUUUCCCCUCCCUUCUCUUGCAAACUGUAUGGGUUUCUGUGGCAAAAAAUAAAGCCAGAAUAGGUGUCA